CGAUUGCGUGGACACAAUAGUGGCUAUCCAGCCCAGGAUAUCGCGAUCCCAGAAGUGAGAGAAAGAAUGGCCGUGGCUCUUCUCACCCAUCCUCCCCCUUCUCCCACACUCUCCCAUUCCCCCUCUUCUCUCCCCUCCAUCUUCUGGGACCGGAAUCCGUUUUGCAGAACAAGAACAAGAACAAGAACAAGAACAAGAACAAGAAGAUGCCCGCUUCUGGGGAGAUCCCAUGUCGUUGUUUCUUCGUGUUGUUCAGAGCCUACUUCAACAAUGACGAGCUCACGGAGGAGAAGGGAUCUCGUGUUGUCGACCCUCGCGGCUUCGUUAGCACUGGCUCUUCCAUGUUCCGGUUCGCAUGCUGUUGUUGAGUUGGAUGAAGAUGUGAAGAUGGCUUUGCUACUGGAUGAUAUAAAUGCAUACUCUUUUCUGUACCCUGUUGAAUUGCCUGCGAAGAAAUUUUCCUUUAAGUGGGUAGAGUCCAGAAAGCCGGAAAGAUACUCAUCUGCUGCACCAUUAUCACCUGAUGCGCGACAACGCAUUGUCUCUGAGCGUGUUGACAUGAUCAAUAACCUUGUCAUCUCUGUCUCGGUUGGUCCUCUGAAUUCACGCUUCCUAACUUCAAAUGACAAGAGUACGUGGAAAGCAAAAGAUGUUGCUGAUUCUGUUCUAUCUGAUAAAUCUGCAUUGCGUGUAACAACUAGCCAGCGCAUGGCUGAGAGUUCAGUUCUUGAUGCACAUUCCACAACUGUUGAUGGUGAACCAUACUGGUAUUAUGAGUAUCUAGUUCGAAAAUCACCAACAAAUUCUGUGCAAGAGCCAAAUUUGUACCGGCACAAUGUGGCAGCCACUGCUGAGCGAGAUGGCUAUCUUUACUCACUGAAUGCUUCAACUCUCAGCAAGCAAUGGGAAAAAAUGGGGCCUUUUCUAGAGAGAACAGUGGCAUCUUUUCGCCUUCUCCCGCCGACGGAGAACUAUGUCCCGCCGUACAAGGACCCAUGGAGAUUUUGGUGACAAAGAGCCCUCGUUUUGCCUUAUCCACCUAUUUUCAUCUUUCUGCAUACUUUUUUGCUCCGAAGGCCCUAUUUGAAUGCUGGAAUAAGUUAUUCAAUGAUAUUCUAUUUGGUACGAGGAUUUUUAAUUAUGAUUGGAAGCUAGGAGUGUGAUCAAAUGUCUAUAAUGGAAUAGCAUAUUCGGUCAUCGAGUCAUUUUUUCCAAAAUGAGGUAAAUAACAUCAUAAGUGAAAUAUGCUGCUAACCUUUCGAAUAGCGAAAAUCAAACUUUUUUCUUACAAUCAUAAGAAAAAAUCCUCAUAAUAAGUAAGUUAUCAUCGAACAACUUAUUCUGAUAUUCAAACAGGCUCGAAGUGAAGUAGUGAACAAAAAUUUUAAUGAGGUGCUGCAAGGCUGUGAAGUGAACAACAAUUUUGUGAGGCAUCAGUUUGGGCUUCUUUUUCCUUUUCUGCCUCCAUGGCUUGUAAAGUGAUGUUUAUGAUAUGUGUACAUUUAUGACAGGCCAUCAAGUCUCUAAGAUAAGAAAUUUUGUUUUUCAAGGCAGUAAUGUAUGAAACACUAGUCACCACUUUUGGCUUC